GUUGUUGCCAUGGCGACAAGCCUGACAUUACAGAAGUCUGAUGACAAAUUUUACGGUAGUGACAGGUUGAUAGAGAAGUCUGAAUAAAAAAAAUAAUUAUGAGUGAAAAGGAUGACAGUUCCUGGGUGUUUGAUUCGCUGGUGGGAUUUCUGCAGGGUCCGAUCUGGUCGGCACCAUUGUUAACUUUCAUAGAAGAAAAAUCGCUGAUUUUCGACGGUGAGACGGAGGACAGCGAGGAGUAUCGCCACAUCUACCAAGAGUAUAAAAACCUGGUAGAUCUUCUCCUUGGCUGCUACAUGGAGGACAUGGGCAUAACUCCCGAGCAGUUUGAGCAUGCCUGUACAUUAAACAAGAACACAAAAAUGCCGAUACAGUUUCAGCAGAGUCUCUUCGAGCAGAUCUGGGCUGCAAACGAGUACGAGAUAUUUAAGAGGAUGAUGAUUCAGAAGAACUUGGAACUCCAGUUGCAGGCACUGAGUUUGAUUGAACAGAAGUACGGCCUGACUCCAGCGUCGCUAAUAUGUGACGAAGACGGUCUACGGGACGAACUGGUGAUGGAGGAGCUGCUGCAGAAACAGUACGAGCUUGAGGAUGAAACGGAUACGGAGCAGGAAUCGGAUCAGGCAAUGCGUAGGGAACACCAGCGUUUGGCGACACAGUACAAGACGGAGAGACAGCUGCUGGAGCGAGCACUGAUGGAAGAACCAUUGGCAAAAUCGUCGUCGGGUUUUUCGCCAGAGCAGGAUAGACGAGAAACGGAAGAAGUAGUCAGCGUUGAACCUCUUCAGCUGACAAACACAGCUUUGAAAUCCAAGAAGUUUGGCGUUUUGCAACCGAUACCGCAAAAACUGAAAAAACCAGGCGAAGAUAAAAUAGGAGAAGAAAUUGAGUUGGUGACAAAAAACAGUGACAGAAAACAGAGUUUGGAUCCUGCACUGCUGCCCGCGGCGAGCCGCAGCAAACUGUCCGAUGCUGGUGAGGAGGAGAUUAGGAAGCGCCAAAUAUACCUGAAAACUCAAAGAGACAAGCUGGUCUCAAUGAAGAAGGAGGCUCGUAGUCAGCGUCUGAAGACAAACGCGGCUCGUCCCGGAUCGGCACGAGUGGUAGCAGAGGCGUCGAUGAUGGGCAUGCAGGACUUGGAGUCGCCGCAACUCUUGAUGGAAGAUUCGAAAAUUCAAGUUCGCAAGGCUCUCGCAGCCCGACUGAAAGCCGAAGUAGUCCGCAAGUGAUCAAAUGACACGUUACUGGAAAUAAUAUGAACAAUUUCUUUUAAAAAGACCAUUCGGUGUACACAAUUUUCACUCUUUGUCCAAGUUAAAAUGUUUUUUUUAUCUUCGUUCGAAGACAAAGAAACAUUAAAAUAUGAUGAUCUAAUAUUUAGAAUAGCAUUAAUGAUAUUGAUGAUAAUAAUAGACGUUGUUUAUCGUAAUGUCAACUAAGACGAUAUUAGUAGCGAUAUUAUGAAUCUUACAUAUAAAAUAAAUAGGUUUCCAGUUAAGCUGAUUUUUUUCAAUAAUAUUGUCAAUGGCUUGUGAACAAAGAUAGUAUCAAAUGGAUGUUUAUACGCACGACGAACACUUACAGAUAAAUCGCUAUUUAGAAAGCUACUAAAUGCGAUUUUAUCAAAAUAUUAUGAUAAGCAAUUUUUUUAACACAUGCAUACAGUUUUGUGACCUUUUUGCAGAUGUAUUCGAUUCACAACCGAAUUCUGUACUCGUCUCAAUUUUAACAUACAAAGCUAUGGUGGUAUAUCAUUGAAAUGUAUCGGUGCCAGAAUGACGGGUGAUUAUAGUUAAAUAAAUGCACCCCGAUCGGGUAAGGGAAUUAAGCGUGAAAAUUAAUCCAAGUUUUUUUCUAAUUUUAAGAUUUAUUUAAUUAAAUAUUUUUUUCUUCCUCCUUAUUUUAUCAUUAACCAAUAUUAUUAUUAAAUUUUUCUUCCUUUUUUUUUCAUCACCGCGCUUCUACACAUUCAUGUUAUUUGUAUUCAUUUACAAUCAUUCGUUAAACAAAAAGAGAAGAAAAAAAAAAGAGAUGUUAAAUAAAAAUUUUCUCCCCUUCGAUAACGCUUUUCGCUGCCCAUGUAAGUGUACUAUGCCGUGGUUCGGGCUGGAUUUGAUCGUCUUUUCUUCUUCAAUGUUUAAAACGCAGUACUAAAAUCACUAGAGAAA